GGUAGGUGACCAAGGGUUUGUUUUCUCACGUAGUAACAUUAGUUAUCCGUCGACUUUAAAAGGCUACGAGGUAUUGAACACACCAGCCGGACACACUAUGCUUCCUCGCAGGCAGGACUUCGGGAUGAAGAAGUCUGGAGGACCGCGAAACAGCUCGGUUAUAAACUUUAGGACCACGGUGAUCCCGGGCUCGGUCCGCCGGAGCUCCGCGGUGCUUCCUUCGGUCCUUACCUUCCUGGUGAUCGUAGCCUCCGGAGGCCUGCUGCUCAUGAUAGAGAAAGGAAUGCUGAGCAGCAUGGAGACACCUCCACCGCGGGGGGCCGGGAAGCGACAGGACUUCAUGCGGCAGGUCGGGAGGCUCAGCCCGGGUGCUGAGGACGUGGACUCGCAGAUCCUUCAAGAGAUCCGUAACCGGACCAUCAGGUCUAUGUGCAGCCAGAAGAACAUGCCGCACAGCAUCAUGUCCCUCACCCCCCUGCAGAGGAAGACGCUGCUGCAGCACAUCCUGGUGAACGAUCAGUACCACUUCCUGUACUGCUACGUCCCCAAGGUAGCCUGCUCCAACUGGAAGAGGGUCCUGAAGGUUCUGAACGGGGUUCUGGAGAGUGUGGACGUCAGCAUCAAGAUGGACCACCGCAGCGACCUGCAGUUUUUGUCCUCUUUUAAACCCGAGCAGAUCCAAUAUCGCCUCAAGCACUACUUCAAGUUCAUGUUUGUGCGGGAGCCAAUGGAGCGCUUGCUUUCUGCAUACAGGAACAAAUUUGGAGAGAUCGAGUCCUACCAGAAAAAGUAUGGCGUGGAGAUCGUAAAGCGGUACAGGAAAACUCGCGCUAAGGACGCGCCGGUUAAAGGAGAUGAUGUGACGUUUGCAGAGUUUGUUCGUUACUUGCUGGACACGGACGCAGAGCGCAUGAAUGAGCACUGGAUGCCGGUGUACAACUUAUGCCAACCCUGUGCCGUGUCCUAUGACUUCAUCGGCUCCUAUGAGCACCUUGAAAGGGAUUCUGAGUUUGUGCUCCAGCGCAUUGGAGCGCCUCCUCAUGUUCGCUUCCCUGAGAGGCAAACGUGGUACAAGCCGGUCACCACGGAGACGUUACAUUAUUAUCUGUGCACGUUACCACAGAAGCUACUGAGGGAACUCCUGCCCAAAUACAUUUUAGACUUUUCCCUCUUUGCUUAUCAUCUCCCCAACACAACCACUGAACACUGCCGGCAUUAAAUGUGCAAUGUUUCAUAGUUUUGAGAGAACUUUUUAUAGAGCAUUAUUUUUUACUAUUUGUAUUACUAGGGAAGAAACAGUAUUUUAAUAGUUGUUACACAUUUUGACUUGAGAUGUUCCAAUAUCAUCGCAGUAUGCAGAUUAUUGGUCUUAACUUCAGAACCACUAAAGCUUGAAAUUAGCUGAAGACAAAGAAACAUAUGAACCGAUUUUGUUCCAUUUCAACAUGUUCCUGUCAUGCACUGUUACAGUAAAUGAACCAAUUCAGUAUAUAUUGAUGCAGUUGUAAAUAAGGUUGCCAGACCAAACUUUGCCUUUCCUUCUUCUACACUAUUGGAGAAGCUAAAGGGUUAACAGCUUAUGUGGGCCUUCAGUGGUUUAGCAGGCUAAAACACGAACUAUUUGCCCACCGAGUUGUGGGUUUAAAUCAAGCUUUGUGUGUUUUCGUUCUACGUCGACCUCUCCUCCACAAUCUGUCCCCCACCUUUACCAACACUUUGGACUGUUUACCCUGUUAUUAAACAGAAAUUGAAUUUUA